AUGACUAUUUCCCAUAAUGUACGCCGCUCCAUGGAAGAAGGGGGCUGGAUACGCCGCAUGUUCGAGGUGGGCAUUACCCUUAAGGCCCAAUACGGCGAUGACAAGGUUUUUGACCUGUCCCUGGGCAAUCCGGUAGUGGAGCCCCCUGAAGAGUUCAACGAGGAACUGCGGCGGCUGGCCCAGAAUCCUGGAAAAGGCAUGCACCGCUACAUGCCCAACGCCGGUUAUCCGGAAACCCGUAGCGCGGUGGCCCAGACCCUGAACGUUGAGACGGGAUUGUCCUUCUCCGCCGCCGAUAUAGUGAUGAGCUGCGGCGCCGCUGGGGCGAUAAAUGUUGUGCUGCGUGCCACCCUCAACCCUGGCGACGAGGUUAUCAUCAUUUCGCCUUUCUUCGGGGAGUACGUUUAUUACAUCGACAACCAUAACGGCGUGCCCAUCAUCGUACCCGCCACCGAGGAGUUUGACCUGGACCUCGCGGCCAUCGAAGGUGCCAUUACUCCCCGCACCCGCGGUCUGAUCAUCAACUCCCCAAACAAUCCUUCGGGGGUUGUCUAUUCGGCAGACAGGAUAGGGGAACUGGCGGCACUGUUGCAGCGCAAACAGGCGGAACUGGGCACGGAAAUCUACAUCGUCAGCGACGAACCCUAUCGCCACCUGAUCUACGACGGACUCUCCUAUCCGCAGGUCUUCAACCGCUACGACCGGACCAUCGUGGUCAACUCCCACGCCAAGGACCUGGGCCUGCCCGGGGAGCGCAUCGGCUACAUUGCCGUCCACCCGGACUUCCCCAACAAGGGAGAACUGGUGGAUGGGAUGGUCUUCUGCACCCGAACCCUGGGGUUUGUAAACGCGCCGGCCCUGAUGCAGCAUGUGGUGCGGAGUCUGCAGGGGAUAAGCGUGGACGUUGGCGAAUACCAGCGCAAGCGGGACUUCCUAUAUUCCCAGCUUACGGAGUUGGGCUACUCAAUGGUCAAGCCCCAGGGCGCCUUUUACCUCUUCCCCAAGUCGCCGCUGCCGGAUGAUGCCGAGUUUGUGGAUGCUUUGCAGGAAUGGAACGUGCUGGUAGUGCCAGGCAGAGGGUUUGGCACGCCGGGGCACUUCCGCAUUUCCUACUGCGUCGACGACUGGGUCCUGGAAGGGGCCAUUGAGGGAUUUGCGCGGGCAGCAGAGCGGCUUGGGUUGUAG